AACAGGAACGACUUUGUGUCCAUGUGGUUCAUCGGGAUCAUCUUCAAGAAAGUGGAGAAUGCGGAGAGUGUGAACAUUGACCUGACGUACGACAUCCAGUCCUUCACAGACACCGUGUACAGACAGGCCAACAACAUCAACAUGCUGAAGGAUGGGAUGAAGAUCGAAGCGACACACGUGAAGAAGAAACAGCUCCAUCAGUACCUUCCCCCAGAACUGGUGCAGAAGAAGAAGAGGAGCAUAGCGGAGUUGAACCGCAGCUCUAACGGGGGCAGCUCUAAGCGCCUCUCUCUGGACAGCAGCCACCUGGACAGCUCCAGAGACACGGACUCGGGGACCCCCUUCACCUCCCCCAGCAGCAAGCCCGCCAAGCCUGCGUCUGACACAGAUGACGGCGUAAGCCCCCCAAAGCAGCUUUUCGUGGAGGGCUCUCCAGCUCCCAGUGCAGCGACCUCAGCGACAGCAUCACCAGUAACACCUGCAGCGCCAGUGGCAACCGCAGCAGCAGCUCCAACGGCAACUGCAAGCGCAACUGCAAGCGCAACUGCAAGCGCAACUGCAAGCGCAACGCCAACCGCAGCGGCAACUGUUGCGGCAACUGUUGCUACAGACCAAGGGAUGUCCAUUCCUGUCAUUGGCUCAAAGCCUGCGGUUAAAGCAAAGCCUGCCUCUCCCCCUCCCAGCAGCUCCGCCUCUGCGGCGCUGAUGGAGGACGUGCUGCCCGACGCCACCAGCAGCCCCCGAGAGGAGCCCAACAACGGCCUGGAGGACUCCCCCAACGGAGCCGCUGCUGCUACCAAGAGACCCCACUCCCCGACACAAGAGGACCUGGCCAAGAGGCCCAAAGAAGCAGAGGUGGUGCCCAAUGAUGACUCUGCAUUUAAAGAGCCAUUUCCACCGUCCUCUGACUCACACGGAGAAGGACCCAAUGCUCAAACUGGAUCAAAGGCUAAGCCCAUUCCAACCAUUGAUACCUCAAGAACACAGAGACUUCCCAGCAUGGAGCUGCCAGACGCCUCGUCGCCUCUCCCAGCGAGCAACAGUUGUCGCGUCGUGAAGAAUUCCAUCAAACUGGCUCUCAACCGCCACAACAUCACACCUCCCAAGCCCCCAGUGUUCGAGGGCACCCUCACCACUGACGCUCCCCCUGCCGGCGAGGAGAAGGGCAUGUCCAUUCCUGUCAUUGGCUCAAAACACGUGGCAGCCAAACAGGCGGUGACCCCCGUCGGCAGCUCCAUCCCAACAUUAGUGAGCCGAGGGGCCGACCCCCUGAACGGAGCAACCGCCAAGAGAGCCCACUCCCCCACGCUGGAGGAGCAGGCCAAGAGGCUGAAAGAAACAGAAAAGGCCAGAAUCCACAUAGCUUGAACACAACAACCAUAGACUGGAUUCAUAUACAUAAAGAGUCGGGGCUUUAACGUUAA